CCAGCGUUUCUCCCAAAGUUUCGAGCAGAACAAAGAAAAAAAGAAAAUAUAAAAAAAAGGCAAGAUGUCUGGUCUAGACUGCUGCUUCUACUCCGAGGCCCGACCGCAACGGCGGCGGGAGCACGACAGAAGCCCGCGUAGUGAACGCCAUCGUGAACGCAGGAGAAGCAGAAGCAGGGAUAGCGAUAGACGCCGUUUAGGUCGUAGAGAUUCCUACUAUGAUGGUGAUGAAUACUAUGAGUCUUCAUCUCGAUACAGCAGGCACCGCUCCUGCGAAAGGGAUGAUGACAGGUAUUACUCUGGACGCGGUCGAGAUCGCAGAUAUAGGGAUUACUACGACGAGCGUGACAGAGAUGAUUAUUACAGAGGAGAUAGGCGUGACCGUGAUCGAAGAUCAAGGAGUCCAAGGAGGCGAGGUGGCCGAGGAAGGACUAGGUCUCGCUCUCCUCAGUUGACUGAAGAUGAACGCGAUCGUCGUACUGUCUUUGUCCAACAGUUGGCUGCAAGGCUCAGGACCAAGGAACUGAUUACAUUCUUUGAGAAGGUUGGCCCAGUUAAAGAAGCCCAAAUCGUUAAAGAUCGUGUUAGUGGUAGAUCUAAAGGUGUGGGAUAUGUCGAAUUCAAAGAUGAGGCCUCAGUGCCCAAAGCAAUUCAGUUGACAGGACAGAAGCUCCUCGGAAUUCCGAUCAUCGCACAGCUUACAGAGGCAGAGAAGAACCGCCAAGCCCGCGUUAGCGCCGCUGAGGCAACGACUACGAAUCAAAUUCCUUUUCAUAGGCUUUAUGUCGGAAAUAUUCACUUUAGUAUCACCGAGAGCGAUUUACAAAACGUAUUCGAGCCAUUUGGGGAACUUGAGUUCGUUCAGUUGCAGAAGGAGGAGGGAGGCAGGAGUAGAGGCUAUGGUUUUGUCCAGUAUCGUGAUCCCAAUCAAGCUCGCGAAGCUUUGGAGAAGAUGAACGGUUUUGACCUUGCUGGCCGCCCUAUUCGUGUCGGUCUUGGCAAUGACAAGUUCACUCCCGAAUCUACUGCUCAGAUGCUCCAGCGAUUUUCUGGUUACCAGGGAUUUCAGGGAUCUGCAUUUGAUUCCCGUGGCCGUGGGGGCAAUGACCGGGUUGGCCGUGCUGACGAUAAAGCUAGUGGAGCUGGCGCUAGUGCCCUUGAUGAUACCGAUGUCGCUGGGGUAAACUUCAAUAAUUAUAGUAGGGACUUGCUCAUGAGGAAAUUGGCGAGACAGGAUGAACCAGCACCUACCGACAAGAAAACGAAAUCACCGGCCGCUUCGAACGGCAAAGACUUGCCCUUAAGACAAAAGUUACCGGAGAAGGUUACUAAAACUCUCCCUCUCGAUGUACCUAUGGCGAGUAGAUGUGUCGUAUUAAAAAACAUGUUUGAUCCGGCAGAAGAAACUGGUGACGCCUGGAUUAAAGAUCUGGAAGAUGACGUUAAAACAGAAUGCGAGAACAAGUAUGGACAUGUCGUUCACAUUGCCUUGGACCCCAACAGUCAAGGAGAAAUUUACAUCAAGUUCGAAAAGGUACAGGGAGGCGAAAAAGCGAUCCAAGGCUUGAACGGCAGGUUCUUCGGUGGCAGGAGGAUAUCAGCAAGUCCUGUUGUCGAUGCUGUAUACGCCAGCUUGUUUGGAAGAUCCAACAGUAAAACCAUUUAAUUGAUGUGCGCCUAUAUUGGAAGUUGGGCUGACGGUACGUUGUGUGCUGAAUUUCUCUCUUCUCUCGAAGUGGCAAAUCAUCCAUUAUUCCCUCAUUUCAUUUUUUAUGGCUUUUAAAACCUUGGUUUUCUUUUUGUAGUAUGGGUUUCCCUUAUAUACUUGCCUGUUAACUUUUUUCACCUGCGUUGCGGAUAUAAGUUCGUUGCUGUUUAUAAGGUCCUGGAAAUUAAUAAUCGAAAUAUCGUAAA